AUGCCGGGGGGCCGGGAGAAGCCAGGGGGUCGCACGCUGCGGCUGCAGCCCGGGGACCGCAUCGAGGCCCUGUGCGUGCUGGGCUCCCGCAUCCACGCCGAUGUCCACGGGCUGGAAACAUCUUCUGCCCUAAAAGCAAAGGACAACUCAAACUCCCAGGGAGGCAGGAAAGGGCAGCAGGAGCCGGUGGCGAGUGUGGUGACGCCGGCGUGCCCGGUCUUGGCCAUGGAAUUAAUUGCAAAUGUUUCUGGCAGAGCGGCCCCAGCCGGAGCGGUUUCCUUUGGGGUGAAGCACACGGAGGGGGUCAGUGUGGAUGUGGUGUCCCGGGGCCGCGACGAGGCCGAGCCGGUGCCCGGCAGUGGGACGCGGUGGCCACUGCAGGAGGGGACAGUCCUGAGGUUCAGCAUGAGCCAGCCCAGCACCGAGAUCAACGACAACAAGGUCACUGUCAGCUUUUAUGGAGAGGAAGGGAAGCCCAUCACCCAAGCCGGGGUCUUCCUCACUGGCAUCGGGAUCUCCCUGGACGUCGAUGCGGACCAGGACGGCGUGGUGGAGAGGAACAGCCCCAACAAGGCCAGCUGGAGCUGGGGUCCCGAGGGACACGGCGCCAUCCUGCUGGUCGGCUGUGACAAGGAGAUUCCCUCCGCUCCGGCGUCCGACUGCGACAACGAGCAGGUGUUCAACAAAGAAGAUUUGGAGGACAUGGCCCAGAUGGUGCUGAGGAUGGAGGGGCCCCAGCGCCUGCCCCGGGGGUACGAAAUCGUUCUCUCUGUUUCUGUCCGUGACGCCGACAGGGUUGGGGUGUUCCAUGUGCAGAAUCCCUUCUUUGGGCAGCGCUAUGUGCAGGUGCUGGGCUGCAGGAAGCUGUUCCACGCCGUGUCCUACCCUGGGGGGGCUGCCGAGCUCGACUUCUUCGUCCAGGGGCUCUGCUUUCCCAACGAUUCCUUCUCCGGGCUGGUCUCCAUCCAUGUCAGCCUCCUGGAGAUGCUGGCAGAGGGUAUCCCCCACACUCCAGCCUUCACGGACACAGUGGUGUUCCGGGUGGCCCCAUGGAUCAUGACCCCCAACACCUUGGUGCCGGUGAACGUCUUCCUCUGCAGCAUGAAGGACAACUACCUGUUCACCAAGGAGAUCCAGACCCUGGUGACCAAGGCCGGCUGCAAGCUGAAGGUUUGCUUCGGAUACACCAACCGUGGGGAUCGCUGGAUGCAGGAUGAGAUUGAGUUUGGCUACACCCACGCUCCCCAAAAGUGCUUCCCAGUGGUGCUGGAUUCCCCUCGGGAUAGAGGGAUGGAGCAACUCCCCGUCAAGGAGCUGCUGGGCUCCAAUUUCGGCUAUGUGCACAAGGAGCCCCUCUUUGAAGCCAUCACCAGCCUCGACUCCUUCGGCAACCUGGAGGUCAGUCCGCCCGUGUCCGUGGGGGGGAAGGAGUAUCCCCUGGGCAGGAUCCUCAUCGGCAGCAGCUUCCCCACAUCUGCAGGGAGGAGGAUGACCAGGAUGGUGAGGGACUUCCUCCAUGCUCAGCGAGUCCAGGCUCCUGUGGAGCUCUACUCUGACUGGUUGGCUGUGGGCAACGUCAAUGAGUUCCUCACGUUCGUGCCCACCUCGGACAAAAAGCGAUUCCGGAUGCUGAUGGCCAGUCCUGCCGCGUGCUACAAGCUUUUCCGGGAGAAGCAGAAGGAAGGCCAGGGAGAAGCCACCAUGUUCAAAGGGUACUCGGGGACAGACACAAAACGAGUCACCAUUAACAAGGUCCUUUCCAAUGACAUCCUGGCGCAGCAGAACCAGUAUGCCCAGCGCUGCAUCGACUGGAACAGGGAUAUCCUCAAGAGGGAGCUGGGAUUGACGGAGGAGGACAUCAUCGACCUGCCCGCCCUCUUCAAGCUCGACAAGCAGGGCAAAGCUGUGCCGUAUUUCCCCAACACGGUCACCAUGAUUGUCCUGGCCAAGGAGUUGGGCAUCCCCAAACCCUUCGGCCCCGUGACAGCAGGGGAAUGUUGCCUGGAGCAGCAGAUCCGCUCCCUCCUGGAGCCACUGGGUCUGAGCUGCCGCUUCCUCGAGGAGGUGGCCUCCUACCAUGGCAGCCUGGGUGAGGUCCGGUGUGGCACCAACGUCCAGCGACGGCCCUUCGCCUUCAAAUGGUGGCACUUCAUGCCAUAG